AUGAGCACCAACGACAUGCUCGGUGUACCGCCGCUCUCAGGAAAUUCGCAGCGGCUUAGUAAUGGGGAUGCUCAGCCUCCUUUGGCUGAGGCACCACUCAUGGUUGGUGAACAGCGGGAGGCGGCUGUUACCCCACGCACGCCCUCGGUAGACCAGCAAGCAUCGCCCAAUUGCCCACACGCAUCCUCUGGGCUGGUGGAUGCACAAGACACCCGAGGGGUAGAUGGGCGUGGGCAGGAACCAAGUGAUCCGGGGAUGGACAGGGCAGUGGCGGCGUGGGAGGCGCAACGCCGGCACUUGCAGGAGCUGCAUAAUAGGCGGCGGCGCGAGCUUCCACUUGGUGCCACGGCAACAGAGUCGCCCGGCACUCUUGGAGCUUCAGUGGGUCCUAGCAGGGCUCCACUUGGACCGCGCUUGGCACGACGGCAGGAGCUGAGGCGUUUGUUGGUAGCUGGCACGGGCGGUCGGCAAGAGUGGGCGACGGCAGAGCAGGCGGAGUCGACAGCGGGGAGGCAGGAGGUGCAGGGGGCCCUGCUGGCGGAUGAGGGCCGGGAGUGCGGGGCAGGUGGGCAGCAGGGGGUGACGGAUGCAGGCCUGCCGGAAAAGGUGCUGAGGAGGCAGCCGAGCCGUCUGGCGGAGGGCCAGCUGGGCCUGCCGACAAAGGUCCAGGGGGAGUUACUCGAGGAGGAGCAUUGGGAGCGUGGGGAACAGGGACGGAAACCAGGGAGGGAGCAACCGGAAACGCUGUCGGCGAUGAAGCAGGGUCUGCCGGUGGCUGCAGGGGAGACUAGAGACAUCAAUCCCUUCCCGAAGGCACGAACGGGGGCGUCUCUAAAGGGAUGGGCUGGAGCUAUAGGGGAAACGGAUCAGAGAGGGCAGCAGCUGCGUGAGCUGGGCGCUCAGGCGCAGGGGCCCGUGGACGAUCAACUGCCACGAGGCAAGGGCAGGAGGCGACGCGGAGGCCAGGGCAAGCAGCGGUCGGGCAAUCAGCAGGAUCAGCAGGCAGAGGGCGAGUUGGGGCGGCCGCUUACGAGCCAACGUCUGGGAGGCCAGCUGGUGCGACGGCGACCACUGUCAAGGGAACAGGGAGUGACUGCAGCACCUGAGGGCGUGCAGCAGGCAGGGGGACAGCAGGGAGUGACUGCAGCACCCCAGGGCGUGCAGCAGGCAGGGGGACGACAGGGAGUGACUGCAGCACCUGAGGGCGUGCAGCAGGCAGGGGGACAGCAAGGAGUGAUUGCAGCACCUCAAGGCGUGCAGCAGGCAGCGGGACAGCAGGGAGUGACUGCAGCACCCCAGUGCAUGCAGCAAACAGCGGGACAGCAGGGAGUGACUGCAGCACCUGAGGGCGUGCAGCAGGCAGGGGGACAGCAGGGACUGAUUGCAGCACCUCAAGGCGUGCAGCAGGCAGCGGGACAGCAGGGAGUGACUGCAGCACCCCAGGGCGUGCAGCAGGCAGCGGGACAGCAGGGGGUGACUGCAGCACCUCAGGGCGUGCAGCACGCAGGGGGGCAGCUGGGGGCGAGGGCAGCACUUCAGGGCGUGCGGCAGCGGCAGCAGCAGCGGCAGAAGCGUCAGCAGCAGCAGCAGCCCCCCCCGAUCCCUCCGGAAAGCCCCACACCGGGGGUUGCGGAGAAUUCAGCCACUCCUGACACGGCUCCACUUGCUCCAACUUGUGUCCCUUGCGAGUUCUGCUUUCACACAUUUCCGCCUGGUGGUGCGGCCUCCCGCCACAUAGUUGCAUGUAAAGCGGCAGAUGCUCAGCGGCGGGCUCAGGCCCUUACUUCCUCCCCGAACCUGAGCGAGGUCUUCGGGGCAGAUCCAGUACCUCCGCGGGAUAUCGGCGAGGAGGUGUGGGGGGCGGUGCCUUCGUGGGACUGGGAGACUUUUUCCAGUAUUCAUUCUGUGUCGGGAGAGCUUCUUCGUCGGGUCCCGCAGCGGGCGCGACUGGGGGUGCUUGAUGCAUUGUGCUGCAUUCUCAAGAGACUGAAGGCUUCCCCUGGGGAUGAGGCGGCGACGCUGAUGUUCCUGGCCUUCCCGCGCCUCAUUUUGGGAGUCCCCGCGAAGGAGGGUCUUGGACGAAGGGCAGCCAUAGUAGGGCGUCUCGGAAAGUUCUGGGCAGGGGAAUGGCAACAGCUGUUCGAGGCUGCCUCUGCCGCGUUGACUCCGGCGGCGCGACCUCUUGCCUUCUCCUUACCUGAGCGAGAUGCUGAUGCCAUCCGUUUGGCCCGAUGUCGCACGAGGUGCCAAGUGGGGGAAUGGAGUCGAGGACUAGCAUGCCUUACUGCGGGCGACUUGGCGCAGCCCUCUCAACUAACAGUAGACCGGCUGACAGCAAAGCACCCGGCCAGUGAGGUGCCAGUUCCUGAGUGGGUGGAGCACUUUCGCAUAGACGAUGCCAAGUCCACUUUUCAACGCAACACCGUGGCUCUCACAACUCGGCCGUCUGGUUUCCGUCAGAAGGCGACGGCGUCCAGGCUGCAAAUCGUCGCCAUGGCUGGCAAUGCUAGGGGUGUUGAGCCCGACCUGAGCGAGGAGUCACGGGCAGCAUGGCUAACUGCUGGCGAGGAGAGUCAGCAGGAUGGGAGCUUCAAGUACGGCAAGGUGGAUGGUGCUCAUUCUUACCACGAGGGCGAUGAUGGCGGGUUCUGGAGUAACGUCGACGCCUCCCUCAAGGAGGCCGGUGGCCCUGUUUCAACUGAACAAAAGGGACUUGCAUGGGCGUUUCUUCCAGCAUUCUUCGCUGGUGUUGCAUUUGGCCUCCCGCGCUCUCCCCUUCCUUCUUCCCCGAAUCCCUCACUAGCUGUGCGCAGCCCUCCCUCCGAACCCCCCACCUUCCUCUCUCCCGCCCCCUGUCUGUCGGACUCCCUUCCCCACGGUUCCCAUCCCAUCAUGCCUUGCCAGCUACCCUCCACCGUCACAAUGACUGCAUCGUACUGCACGUGUUCCGGUUGCUCUUACAACGCGAACGCGCCUGGAGAGCUUCCGACGCAGAUUCUCGAGGCCAAUGGCUUCCCCUCGGAGCUCCUCCCCGCGCACGAGGUCGCGCAUUGCGACGGCGCGAUCACAGGACCUUUCUCGAUCGACCUCAAGCGUCCGAUCGACGCCGUGAUUGACGGCUAUAACGUGCACUACGAUCAGCACAUAAGCGGAGUGGUCGAACACGAUGAAGCUGAUUUCGCUGCUGCGUCGGAGAGAACAAGAAGGGAAGCAGCAGCAGGGCCGUUCCUUCGCUUUGACACGCACUAG